AUGCAUAGUCUCAAUUCUCUUGACACCCCGAGCCCCACCAGAACAGAAAGAGCUCAAUAUUUAGACUCUACACUAACAUUUCCCAUGGCAGCAAACGGUUACGUUGAUCCUGAGAAGUUUAAGUUGCUUUUGGAGGAUCAAAAAGAGAGUAAGCAAACAGAGAAACACUUUAAGUCCAGCGAGACUGUCCGAGACAUUGUUCUCGGCGUCUCAGAUGGCCUUACCGUCCCUUUUGCUCUCGCCGCCGGUUUGUCCAGCGCCAACGUGCCAUCCUCUAUUAUUCUUGUCGCUGGUAUUGCUGAAGUUGUAGCUGGUGCCAUUUCCAUGGGCCUUGGCGGAUAUCUCGCAGCAAAAAGCGAAGCAGAAGUCUUCAGCAGUGAACUGAAGCGAAAACAUCAAGCCAUCAUCGACGAUCCUGAGCUCGAGGCUGCUACAGCUACAGAAAUUCUAUCAAAGCAUGGGAUAGAGCCACACGAAUCUGAACCUGCGGUGACAGCUCUAAGAAGGAACCCUCAACUCUGGCUUGAUUUCAUGAUGAAGUUCGAGCUUGGAUUGGAAAAACCAGAUCCCCUAAGAGGAUUAAUAAGUGGGUUAACAAUUGCUACAUCCUACGUGGUGGGAGGAUCGAUGCCAUUAUUGCCAUACUUGGUCUUUCCAGUUGCUGGAGAGGCUUUGGUAGCUUCCAUUGUUUUGACGAUAAUUGCAUUAAUGAUUUUCGGCUUAGCCAAAGGCUACUUUACAGGCAGUAAUACUUUCAAGAGUGCUAUUCAAACUGCCUUCAUUGGAGCUUUUGCUUCUGCAGCUGCUUAUUACUUGGCUAAGCUUAUCAAAUAAUAAUAACUCAACAAUAGUAUUGAUCUUCCCCUCCCUUUCUAGCUUUGUAGCCCUCUGAUGUGAAGCAUCGGGGCAUAUCCAUUUUCAUUUUUGAA